AGCUCUUCAUUUACGCAAGAUCAAAAAGAAAAAACUUGCUGGAAUAAAAUCACGUUUUUCUUUCUAUUUUCUGGGUGAACUGGUCGUGCUAAAAAAGGUUACCUCUCUAUUCCGACCAUCUCUGCAACAUCGUACUUGAGCAGAAAAACUAUCUCAGUCACAGUCAUAAUCGUCUCUGUCAAACUUAGAUUACAAGCUCUCUACUUUGCGAAGGUCUUGAGGAACUGAGCACCGUAAAUGAAUCAGAACAAGUCAGAAGAAGAUUCUUACUCCUUUGAGUAACAUCAAUCUCUAUAAGACUUGUUGGAUCGAAACCACUUGGUGUGGAAAUGAAGCAUACAUGGUUGUUAUCGUUGAUCCUCUGUUUCUCCGCAACUUUUCUAGUGAUGACCACUCAUGGAAAAAGACUAAUCAGCGAUGAAGAGACCUCCUACGAAACUUCUCUGUUAAUGUCCUUCAAGCAAACCUCUGUCAAGUCUGAUCCCAACAACAUCCUCCGUAACUGGAAACAGGGUCGUGGCUCCUGCUCCUGGCGAGGCGUUUCUUGCUCUGACUACGGUAGAGUCAUCGGAUUAGACCUCAGUAACGGCGGAAUCACCGGAACCCUAAACCUAGUUAACCUCACUGCUUUGCCUAGCCUCCAGAAUCUUUACCUACAAGGAAACGACUUCUCUUCCUCAGGAGAUUCCUCUGUCUCUGCUUCAUCCUCCUCAGGUUGUUAUCUUCAAAAUCUUGAUCUGUCUUCGAACUCUAUCUCACACUAUUCAAUCGUCGAUUACGUCUUCUCAACAUGUUCGAAUCUCGUUUCGGUGAAUUUCUCGAACAACAAACUCACCGGAAAAUUAAGCUCUGUUCCCUCGUCUAAAACAUUAACGACCGUUGAUCUCUCAUACAACAUCUUAUCCGAAUCCAUCCCGGAGAGUUUCAUCGUUGCCUCGCUGAAACAUCUCGACCUAACUCACAACAACUUCUCCGAUCUCAACUUCGGCUUCUGCGGUAACCUCACCUUCCUCAGUCUCUCACAAAACAACAUCUCCAACGACAACUUCCCAAUUUCUCUAACCAACUGUACACUCCUCGAGACGUUGAACAUCUCUCGGAACAACCUCGCCGGAAAAAUCCCCGGCGGAGAAUACUGGGGAAGUUUCCAGAAUCUCAAGCAUCUCUCUCUAGCACACAACCGUUUCUCCGGCGAAAUCCCGCCGGAGAUUUCUCGACUCUGCAGAACGCUAGAGACUCUCGACCUCUCCGGAAACUCUCUCACCGGGGAGCUUCCUCCACCGUUCACGGCCUGCGUCUCGUUACAGAUCCUAAACCUCGGUAACAACUUCCUCUCCGGAGAGUUCUUGACCACCGUCGUGAGUAAAGUCACGGGGAUCGUGUAUCUGUCCGUUGCUUUCAACAACAUCUCAGGCUCUGUUCCGAGCUCACUCACAAACUGUACAAACCUACGUGUUCUUGACCUAAGCUCGAAUGGUUUCACCGGAAACGUACCUUCUGGUUUCUGCUCUUCGCCGGUUCUUGAAAAGCUUCUCAUGGCUAACAACUACCUCUCGGGAACAGUUCCUAUGGAGCUUGGCAAGUGCAAGAGUUUAAAGACUCUCGAUCUCAGCUUCAACGCUCUCACGGGACCCAUUCCGAAUGAGGUAUGGAUGUUACCGAACCUCUCUGAUUUGGUCAUGUGGGCGAAUAAUCUCACGGGAGGAAUCCCGGAAGGUGUUUGUGUCAAAGGAGGGAACUUAGAGACUCUCAUCCUCAACAACAAUCUCUUAACCGGUUCAAUCCCGGACUCAAUCUCCAAAUGCACCAACAUGAUCUGGAUCUCUCUGUCAAGCAACCGCUUAACCGGGACCAUCCCUAGCGGAAUCGGUGAUCUUACCAAACUAGCAAUCUUGCAGCUGGGGAAUAACUCCUUGUCUGGUUACGUUCCACCUCAGCUUGGGAACUGCAAGAGCCUCAUCUGGCUUGAUCUCAACAGCAAUAAUUUAACCGGGGCACUCCCUGGCGAGUUAGCUAGCCAGGCCGGGCUUGUGAUGCCAGGGAGUGUUUCGGGUAAACAGUUUGCGUUUGUGAGAAACGAAGGCGGUACUGAUUGUAGAGGUGCAGGUGGAUUAGUUGAGUUUGAAGACAUUCGUGCUGAACGGUUAGAGCGGUUUCCGAUGGUUCAUUCGUGUCCCCGGACGCGGAUAUACUCAGGCAUGACAAUGUAUACUUUCACUGCAAAUGGAAGCAUGAUCUACUUCGACGUCUCUUACAACUCUGUUUCGGGCUUUAUACCUCCAAGUUAUGGUAACAUGGGGUACCUCCAGGUCUUGAAUUUGGGACAUAACCGGUUAACCGGAACCAUACCGGACAGUCUUGGAGGAUUGAAAGCUAUUGGUGUUCUUGAUCUCUCUCACAACGAUCUUCAAGGGUACAUCCCCGGAUCGCUUGGCUCGCUUUCUUUCCUAAGCGAUCUUGAUGUCUCAAACAACAACCUCACCGGUCCAAUCCCAUUUGGUGGUCAGCUUACAACGUUCCCUGUCACAAGAUACGCAAACAACUCUGGCCUCUGCGGCGUUCCUUUGCGUCCCUGCGGGUCUGCUCCUCGGCGGCCCGCUACAUCCCAAGUCCACCCCAAGAAGCAGGCUGUUGCAACCGCUGUGAUAGCUGGUAUCGCGUUUUCCUUCAUGUGCCUUGUGAUGCUAAUCACGGCGCUUUACAGGGCGUGGAAAGUUCAGAAGAAGGAGCAGAAGAGGGAGAAGUUCAUUGAGAGCCUUCCCACUUCAGGAAGCUGCAGCUGGAAGCUCUCUAGCGUCCCUGAACCGCUUAGCAUCAACGUUGCCACCUUCGAAAAACCGCUGAGAAAGCUCACUUUCGCGCAUCUUCUUGAAGCCACAAACGGGUUUAGCGCAGAGACUAUGAUCGGUUCUGGUGGGUUUGGAGAAGUCUACAAGGCUCAGCUCAAAGACGGGUCAACCGUAGCCAUCAAGAAGCUGAUCCGAAUCACGGGGCAAGGCGAUAGAGAGUUCAUGGCAGAGAUGGAAACAAUCGGUAAAAUCAAACACAGAAACUUGGUUCCUCUUUUGGGAUACUGCAAGAUCGGUGAAGAGAGGCUUCUCGUCUAUGAGUACAUGAAAUGGGGAAGCUUAGAGACUGUUCUUCACGAGGUAUCAAGAAAAGGAGGUGUGUUUCUAAACUGGGCCGCGAGGAAGAAGAUCGCGGUUGGAGCUGCUAGAGGUCUAGCGUUUCUACACCACAGCUGCAUUCCUCACAUAAUACACAGAGACAUGAAGUCUAGCAACGUUCUUCUCGACGAGAACUUUGAAGCACGUGUCUCUGACUUCGGUAUGGCGAGGCUAGUUAGCGCUCUAGACACGCAUCUGAGCGUUAGCACGCUCGCGGGCACUCCAGGGUACGUGCCGCCUGAGUAUUACCAGAGUUUCAGGUGUACGGCUAAAGGGGAUGUUUAUAGCUACGGAGUGAUACUUCUUGAGCUUCUCUCUGGUAAGAAACCGAUCGAUCCGGGGGAGUUUGGAGAAGACAAUAACCUUGUCGGGUGGGCGAAACAGCUGUACAGAGAGAAAAGAGGGAUUGAGAUUCUCGACCAGGAGCUUGUGACAGAGAAAUCAGGAGAUGUUGAGCUGUUUCAUUAUUUGAAGAUCGCGUCUCAGUGUUUGGACGAUCGACCGUUUAAGCGGCCGACAAUGAUACAAGUGAUGGCCAUGUUCAAAGAGCUUAAGGCUGAUACAGAGGAAGACGAUAGUCUUGAUGAGUUUUCGCUCAAGGAAACUCCAUUGGUGGAAGAGUCACGAGAUAAGGAGCCUUAAGGUAGAUUAAUCGAGCUGCUAUGUUCUAAAUUUUGGUGUCAGUGUGUAUAUAACAGAAAAAGCUGGAGAGAAAAGGUUAGAUCGAGAAGAAGAUGAUGACUUCAGUUGCUUCUGGUUGUUAAGCUUGUGAUUUUCGCUUGGAGGCUUUUUUUUUUCUUCUGUUGUCAUUGGCCACCUUGUUAAGCACGGUAAGAGAAAGUUCCUCACUUUGAACUUUUGUAAGUUUCUACUUUAUAAAUCGACUAGAUUUUAAUCUACGC